AAAGUGGCGUGGGGUUGUGUGUGCUGUGUUGUUGUUGAAUCGGUGAAUUGUUUUUGGUGUGUGUGUGUGUGUGGGCUGGUGCUCCAUGCGAUUGAGUGGUGGUUUUUCAUGCCGCCGGAGCCAUUGCCUUGGGAUCGGAAGGACUUCUUCAAGGAGAGGAAGCACGAGAGGUUUUCGGAUUCCGUAGGGUCCGUGUCUAGAUGGAGAGAUACUACUCCGCACUCCUCCCGCGAUUUUGCUCGCUGGGGACCGCCCGACGUACGCACCAAACCUCCAGGUCAAGGCAAGCAGGGUGGUUGGCACAUCUUUUCGGAAGAAUCUGGACAUGGGUUCACGCCGUCUCGGUCCAAUGAGAAGAUUUUGGAUGAUGAGAGUUGUCGGCCGUAUGGGGGGUCUCGUGCCGAUGGGAAGUACAUCAGGAAUAGCAGCAGGGAAUAUAGAGGGGGUUCGAUUAGCCAGAAGAAUUGGAAAGGUCACUCUUGGGAAAAUGGCUCAUCUCCGAACGGUCAUGGUCCUGCGAGGCCGGUUGAUGUGAAUGAUCAGAGGUCAGUUCAUGAUAAUAAGCUAACGCAUAACACUCAUCUUCAUUCUGUCUUUGUAAACACAUGGGAUUACACGGGUUUGAUCACCCGGGUUUGAUCACCCGGGUGGGAUUACCAUCCCUUGUCGGAUCUCCGAGUGGGAGAGCGUCCAGACCCGGAUCGCUGCCGGCCGUGGCCGCCGGAAAUUGAUGACGAGGAAGAUGACUGCGAUUUGGAGAGGGAAGCUAUUGGUGAGUGGUGAAGAAGAGUAAAGGUAUGUGUUUGUGAUAUGUGUUGAAAAAAAAAAAAACUCCCGCGGGCAG